AUGGAAGGUCUUCACACGGCUCUUGAAAUUUUGGUUAGUAACGGUCUUUUUCGUUGUGCCAAGAUUAACAACUUGUCUAUCUCCCAUUUGUUUUACGCUGAUGAUGCUAUGUUGCUUGGUGAAUGGGAUGAAUCAAACUUGGCUAUAAUCUGUAAUGCACUUAGAUUUUUUCAUUGCAUUUCUGGUUUGAGAAUUAAUUUUGACAAAUCCUCGAUUGUUGGUAUUGGGAUAUUAGACGAUGAAGUAAAGAUUGUUGCUAGGCGUUUUGGAUGCAAACCAGAAACUCUCCCGUUUAAAUACCUUGGUAUUCCGAUUGGUGGAAGAAUAGGGGGCAUUGCCACUUGGAAUCCGAUUGUUGAGAAAUUCAAAAGAAAAUUGUCGGGGUGGAAAGCUAGCUUACUCUCAUUGGUGGUCGUGCCACUUUAG